GGAUUCAGAUAAUAGCAAUGAAUACAGACGUGGAAUUUCACAUCAGGCAAAAUUACCCGUGGAACAAGCUACCAGCAAAUGUCAAACAGAGCCUUGGAAAUUCGCAGAGGGAGUAUGAGAAACAUGUUCUCCUGUACAGCAUCCGCAACCAGCUACGCUUCCGCAAUAACCUAGUGCGGCACGUGAAGAAGGAUGAGCGCAAGUACUACGAGGAGCUCCUGAAGUACAGCCGUGAGCACCUGAUGCUCUACCCCUACCACCUGUCUGACAUCAUGGUCAAAGGCCUCCGAGUCACCCCCUUCUCAUACUACAUCAGUAUCAUGGAGGAUAUCAUGAACUGUGAGAAGAGCUACGACUCGCUGCCAAACUUCACUGCGGCCGACUGUCUUAGGCUCAUGGGGAUCGGCAGAAACCAGUAUAUCGACCUGAUGAACCAGUGCAGGUCAUCUAAAAAAUUCUUCCGCAGGAAAUCAGCGCGUGACCUCCUGCCUGCGAAGCCUACGGAGAUUACGGUGGAGCCCUGGUGGGUGGUGCAGACUGGCUACAUCACCGAAGACGACAUCAGGAUCUGCUCGACUGGGGAGAAGAAGGCCAUAGAUAAGAUGAUUGAUUCGGGGCCGCAGCUCGCCGGGUCGAUGGAGUACAACGUCGUCCUGAGCUUGUACAACCGUGGUUUUAUCUAUCUAGAUGUGCCCAUCUCUGAUGACAGCUGUAUAUCAGUGCCCCCUCUGGAAGGGUUCGUGAUGAACCGCGUGCAGGGGGAUUACUUUGAGACUCUGCUCUACAAAAUAUUUGUCUCCAUCGAUGAGCAGACCAACGUUUCUGAGUUGGCCAAUGUCCUUGAGAUUGAUUUGGGCCUUGUGAAGAAUGCCGUGUCGAUGUAUUGCCGUCUGGGUUUUGCCUUCAAAAAGGGCCAAGUCAUCAGCCCAGACCAGCUGCACCCCUCCUGGAAGAGCGCCCCCUCUGUCAACCGACUGAAGAGCACUAUGGACCCACAGAAGAUGCUGCUGUCUUGGGAAGGCAGUAGCCCCGUCAUGGAGGCCGGAUCCUCGGCCACAGACACGGACACCACCAGCCUGGAGGACCAGGACAAUGCCAGUGUGAGCAGCUUGAGUAUUCCAGCAGCCCCCACUAAGCGAAUCGCCUUCCUCUUCGACUCCACACUCACCGCCUUCCUCAUGAUGGGCAACCUCUCACCGAACUUGAAGAGUCAUGCGGUGACCAUGUUUGAGGUGGGCAAACUCUCGGAUGAGACCCUGGACAGCUUCCUAAUGGAACUGGAGAAGGUUGAGAGCACGGCAGAGGGGGAGGCCCAGCGGUACUUCGACCACGCGCUCACCCUGCGCAACACCAUCCUCUUCCUCCGAUACAACAAGGAGCUCACCUCAGACCAGGGGCCCGACAUCCCCAAUAUAGGCUUGCCAUUGGACCUGUUGCGUUGUGAGAGCCUGCUGGGUCUGGACCCGGCCACCUGCAGCCGAGUCCUGAACAAGAACUACAAGCUCCUGGUCUCCAUGGCGCCGCUUAGCAACGAGAUCCGGCCAAUCAGCAGCUGCACGCCACAGCAUAUUGGUCCAGCCAUCCCGGAGGUGAGCUCCAUCUGGUUCAAGCUCUACCUGUACCAUGUGACCGGCCAGGGCCCCCCCUCUCUGCUGCUCUCCAAGGGCUCCAGGCUCAGGAAACUUCCAGAAAUAUUUCAGGUGUACGACCGGCUGCUAAUUACUUCCUGGGGUCACGACCCCGGUGUGGUGCCGACCUCCAAUGUCCUGACUAUGCUGAAUGACGCUCUCACCCACUCGGCGGUCCUCAUCCAGGGUCACGGCAUGCAUGGCCAUGGAGAGACCGUUCACAUCCCCUUUCCCUUUGACGAGGAAGAACUGAAAGGAGACUUCUCCUACACCAACAUGGGUGUGCACAAGGCGCUGCAGAGCCUGCGCGAGCACGUGGACCUGGAGCACCAGUGUGGCUACAUCACCAUGCUCAACCACAAGAACAGACACCGCCACCGACGCAGCAGCGACGCAUCCGAAGGACGUGGAGAGACCGAGCUGGGUGGAGGCUUUGAUGCAGACGGCAGCACAGAGUCUUUUGAGCUGGUGACCGAAGACAACAACAGCGAUGGCAGGAAGCCUGGUGUCGACGCGUCGUCGUGUGAGGAUGAGUGGGUUCCCCUGGAGCUGUGCUUCGGGAUGCCCCUCUUCAGCUCCGAACUCAACCGCCACAUCUGCCAGAAGAUCGCCUCGCACAAACUCUGCAGCAAGGACAGUCUUCAGGAUCUGCUUCAUUCCAGCCGGAAGCUGUCUUUGAAAGUAUUAAGCUUUGUCCAGUCAUUCCAGGACGUGGCCCAGAUGGCGGAGCCGGACAGCGGGGUGACGGGCCCCCUGAGCCAGCCUCCGGCCGAGGCGGGGGUGCCCCUGCCCGCCCUCAACCUGCUCUUCAAGGACGGCGCCCUCAAGCUGUGGAGCGGCCGCGCCCCGCCCGCCCUGCACAUCUCCGCCCUGCAGAGGGACCUCCCCUCGUAGAGAGCAGACCACUCGCCGCGCCGCAGAGCAUAAACGAGGCUGCUAGGAUGCGAUUAUGGGGAUAAUACGUAUGUCACACGGGGGGGUAACACUUUUAUUCGAAGGGGUUUAUUUACGUCAGGACCUUAGAGCAUAGAGCAGUCAAGGAAACAUGGGACCCAAAUCAGUGUUGACGGUUACUCAACACCCUCCACCCUACACAUCUCAGCCCUACUGAUCAGAGAGACAUCCCCACAGAGGAGACCAUGAAGCAUACAAGGGUACAAACAGGCGCUUUUGCACACCUCCGUAGUUGGACAGGUGCGUAGGGAUAUCAUCCCAGUGAGGUUGACAUUCAACUGAUUCCACUGAUUUGGUAGCGUGUUUCCUUGACUGCACUUUGCCAGUUCCUUUGCCAGGUCUGGGCAAUCUCCAUUAACCCGCCCACUCAUCAACACCUUGGAUGUCCCCUGGGACGUGGCAUGGUAUAAGGGAUUAGGUUUAAGAUCACACAUCCAAAAACGUCUGACAUGGGAGCAGGACAAAAAAUGAAAAAACAAAUCUGGAUUUUUCUGCUCCCACUUCUGUUAUUUUUUUAUCCAUUUUGGCUGAAAUAUAUAAUGAGGUUACUAAAAAAUGUAAAACGCGUUUUGAAAAAUAUGGUAUGCCAUGGUAUGCUUAUUGCAGGGGAGAAAAUGAGAUGCUCCCACUGCAAGUAAGACAUGACGGAUGUCUGGAACAUUAUUGAUAUGGUUCUAUUGUUUAUGUUGUCAUAAUGUGUCAUUUUGGCUUUUGUAGACCCCUUCAAAGAAGGUGUUGCCUCAUAUCCCCCACAUAGAGCCUCCAUGGCACUAUACGCCCCCUCCCUCACCCCCCUCCCUCCCCUUUCUUGUUGUUAUUGCACACCUUUGCCCUGCUCAGGGUCAUCUAAUAUCCCAGAGAGCCUCACCCCUCACUCUCUCUACACAGGCACAUCCCCACAUACAAGCCAAACCCACUAUCUAACAAAAACCCUCCUCCACAUCCAGCACCCCCCACCAUGCUCAUUUCAAGCCUCCACAGGGAUGACCUCACACACAGUAGAGACCACACACAGGCCGUACUAUGACCUUUGGGUGGCGCUAUGUCCCCCACUAUGUGGUGUUUUUCAGGCCAGCCAGUACGGCGCUGGUGCCCAUUCCUGCACUAGUCACGUUCGGAACUUGCUGACCUGCAAACGUUCUACCCGCAAUCAUACCGUACGUGGCCACGUUUUGCUCGGAUAAACCUGCUGAUGUCUACACGUUGUUGUUUCUUGGUCCGGUGUACAGUACAAACCAAUUUUCCCCAUGAUCCCGGAGUACUCCCAAUUUUCAGUGUGAGCACGUCAGUCAGUUGGUUGGAGACUAGGUACAGGAAUGGGGAACGGCCCAGUUCUCUGUCAGCUAUGAUGGCCUUGAACCCCUUGGUUGUUGUUGUAAUUGCACACCUUUGACCUAUGGAGGGACCCCCAUUGUCCUAAAAGCCAAAGUCCCUUUCUGCACCCCCUUAAAGCCUACACAGGGACGUCCCCAGAUCCAACAUGUACACAUACCAUCCCACAAGUCUUGAUGCCGUGCAAAUAUCGGCUCAACAGACGGUGGUUGUUUCAUAGAGGUUACACUCACUGUAUCACUGUAUCUCUCUCACACACACGUUAAGCCCCCCCCAUGAUGAAAUAUCUCUCUCUCACACACACACACACACACACACACACACACACACACACACACACACACACACCUUUCCCUGGUCAGUGCGUUACCGGUCACUCAUGCCUCAGAUAGGUUGCUAUGGUAACCACUGCAUUUUAGAUGAGCCUCAUCUCGUGCCCUUCCAUCCACACACACACACACACACACACACACACACACACACACACACACACACACACACACACACACACACACACACACACACACACACACACACACACACACAAUCACCAUCUCCCACCCGCCCCUCCAAUGGUGCUCCUGUUGCCACCAGCCGUGCUGCUGAUGUCAUAAUCUACUGGAGGCAUGUUUUUGAGACACACACACACACACACACAGCCACACACACACACACACACACACACACACACACACACACAGCCACACACACUCUGUCUCUCUGAGUCAGAGUUGCUCAGACCCACUCCCACCCAUUCACCCCCCCACCCCCAACCCCUUUAGACAUUUAUUCAGCAUAUCCCUCUAGUAACCUUACAUUCAUGGUGGCUGUAGCUGGACUUUGUGGGGAUUGCACUUAUUAAAUCAUUUGUAUAGGACCAAACCUGUGGGAAAAUGGCUUUCCACAGAGGUAUCCCAUGUAUAAAAAAUUACGCCCCCCCACAACCCCACCCUGAAAAAAAAAAAACCCCACACACACUGUCCACCCUGAAGCGUUCACGUGUCAUGUUCUGUGGUAUUCUGUAUCUGCAUGGGGGAUAUUGCACACAAUCUCUGUCUCUCUCAUAGGAACAUUUCUCAGGCAGUUACCUUGGGUUACCUGCUCUGCAAUUAUGAAGGCUGGCUUUCGAAUUAAACAAAAGAGAGAGCCGUUCGGAAGUUAUUUUUUAUGUUUGUGAUCAAAACAAAAAAAAAGUGUUGAUUUUCUAUUUGUUUGUUUGUUUGAUUGAAUGUUCCGGUCAUUUCUAUGGCAUUUUUUUGGUUAGUCGUCUGUGCUGCCUUCCUGUCCCCGUGGUGAAAAUAAUUACUGAUAUUGUAAAAAGUAGAGAGAAACUAAACAAAAAAACGAAAUAAAAACAUGGAGUUCACCCAUCUUGACAGCAGAGGGCACUGCACAUGGUUACCCGGCAGUCUUUGGAUGCCUUGCUUAGAUCAACACAUCCAUAAAAGCUCUUCAGGCUUUUAUCGUGGCAUUGUUUCCCUGUCCAGGGAGUGACCAAAGACCAGUUUUUCUUUUUUUUUCCCCUUUCGCUGUGUUUUUAUGUUCAUUUUUUACCUCUCCUUAAUGUCUUUUUAAAAUUUAAUUUACUGCCUUAUGACAUUGAUUGCUCAGUGCCCAGGGGAGACAGCUGACCUCCUUUGCUCUGUGCUGGUAUGGUGAUCGUGUGCAAUGCAUUCUGGACUGUGUAGUUUGUUUUUUGUUUGUUUCUUUAAGACUGAUCCUGUUGGCUAAGGCUAAGGUAGUUUACAGCCUCGUAUCUCAGAUCAUUCUGUCCAGGGGAGACAGGAAAAGAAAGAAAAAGAGAAAAAAAACUGAAUGACAGAAAGAGAAAAACAAUCGAUGACUCAGUUUGAUAAACCUGUGGCUUUAUUUUUUUUGUUUUUGUAUUCCUCUGGUUUUUAUCCUUGUGUGGAAAGCAUUACAUGUCAAACAUGGACUAAUUUUCGUCAUCAGAUUGUGCUGUGCAGCCAAAUGGUUGCUGCUAGUGUUGUCGUUAGGACAAUUCAUCAUUAGUAGCCUGGAUUUUUGUUUGUUUGUUUUUUGAUGAUGUUUUCAGCCUUGCAACUCUUCUGCUUUGAAGGAGCUGCAAGUCGCUCACGUCACAGUUUCUAACCCGCAUUGUGGUUGUUUAUGAUGGUAAAUUUAAAGUGUGAGGUCUUUGGUGGAGCAUGAUGUGUGUGUAGAAGACCAUUGUAUGUGUGUGCGUAUGUAUGUGUGUGUGUGUGUAUGCGUGUGUGUGUGUGCGCGCGCGUGAUGUGCACAAUGUACACUCCCGACAUCGACCUUUUGGGCAACUCCUCUUCGCCCUCAUCUUUCCUGACGAUUUACGAUAGAUGCAAACCCCCUUCCUUCCCAUCCCAUCUCUCGUCAUCACCUAAAAUGUUUACCUUAAACCCCACUGCCCACACUUUUACCUUAAGCUUCCAAUCAUCUCAACCCCUCCUCGCCUCCCCCCCCUCUCAUCACAGUGUUAGAAGACUAACAAUUAGUUUUAUAAAGUCUACCCCACGUUUUAGGAAAAUCUUUGUCGUAGCUUGUGCAAUGGGACUGUGUCUUCAUGCUCUUGUAAUGAAAAAAUGGGUACAUUCCUCAUCCUCCCACCCCCCUGCUAUCCCUUGAAGAAGAGGAAGAAAAAAAAUAAACAAAUAAAAGAAAGACCUAUGUGUUACUAUAAAAUGAAUAUGUAAAAAGUAUAUGAAAAUAUGAAUAAAUAUGUUACGAUACAUCAAUGACACCAA